CCAUGUAGAAGCGCUUCUCUCAUUCUUAAGAAGUUGCGUUUUCCCCCAAACUCAAGGAAUUAUUGUAUUGAGAGAUCAUUUUCAGAUUGGAUUAACACUUUUGGAAUAUCAUCACUAAAAUCAAUACAACUGCCUUUUAUAACAUACUCUGCCAAAACGCAGUCAACUGAUCUAAAUCAACUAGUAUUUGGUGCUUUUGGGGGAUUCUUUUUUCAUACUUUAACCCGGGAUUAUUUGACUCAUGGCGAACUCCUGUCUUCAGAUGUGCGGUUUUCUGCUCAGCUUCGUUGGCUGGGUGGGCAUCCUGAUCGCCACGGCCACCAACGACUGGGUGGUGACGUGUAAAUACGGCAUGAACACCUGUAAGAAGAUGGACGAACUGGGAGCCAAAGGCCUAUGGGCCGAGUGCGUCAUCUCCACAGCCCUGUACCACUGUAUAUCUCUGACCCAAAUCCUGGAGCUGCCAGCGUACAUUCAGACGUCGAGAGCUCUGAUGAUCACGGGCUCUAUCCUGGGUCUGCCCGCAGUGGGUCUUGUCCUCAUGUCCAUGCCCUGCAUCAACCUGGGCGGAGAGCCGGAGAGCGCUAAGAACAAGCGCUCUGUCCUGGGGGGCGUCCUGCUGCUCCUCGUAGCCAUGUGUGGGAUCAUUUCGACCGUGUGGUUCCCCAUCGGAGCCCACCAGGAGCAGGGCCUCAUGUCGUUCGGCUUCUCCCUGUACGCCGGCUGGGUGGGGGCCGCCCUCUGCCUGCUGGGGGGCUCCCUCCUCACCUGCUGCUCCUCAGAGUCCCAGCACCCCUACCAGGACAACGGACCUUUCUACUACUCGAAACAGGGGGGGCCAAACCAGCCCCCUCCCUCCUCCAACCAUGCCAAGAGCGCCCACGUCUGAGGUUGAGGCCCCACGACAAGCUUAGCCAACUAGCCAAGACACACACACACACACUUAUUGGGAAGCUCUAUUUCAAACCACAAUGAAUGGUUUUUGUACAGCUGAGCUAAUCUCCCAGCAUCCUUUGCAGGGGGGUGGGGCACAGACUCGACCCCAGGUUAAGUAAUUAGAUAGGCGCCCGAGGUGACGCCUGCAGACAAACCAGGGGUCCUACCCACAUGCCCUGCCCUGCUGGACUUUUUAACUGAGCUUUGUUUUUAAUCGUUUUUUCUUAAAUUUUAUAUUCUUCAAUGUUAUUUUGCUUUUUUUUUCCAACAUAAAGAUGUGUACCUUUUAUUUUGGCGUAUGUUAAGUGUAACGAAUCGGUUAUAUUUCUUUGAGCAUUUCACAUGUGUGUAAAUAGGACAGGAUCAUUCGAAACUGAAUCAGACCACAGACAUGCUAAAGCUUAUGAACUGCUAGCACUCUGUGACACCACAUUUUAGUUCCCAAUCCUGGCAGUGGAUGUGAACCACAUGCCAAUAUGUCUUCAAUCAGACUGGACCAGCCUAUCAGGCAGAGUUGGCUUAGGUGUGGAUGUCUGAGUAUUCACCGGGGAGGGUAUACCAUUCUGUCUCAUCUGGCAAACCAGAAACAAGGUCCUGACCUUGAACGAUUUUUACACAAGCCUGGCCCUUGGUCCCGCUGGUGCUCAGAGACCACAGCACCUCUCUGCGUCACGUAUCAUCUCUGGACCUCUGCAGUCUUAGCCUCAGUUAUUUAUUAUGACCUAUGUGUUCCAGUGUUGUUCCAUUCUUGUUCCGUUGACGUACUGUUGUUUGGUUUGAUGUAAUAAAGAUGAGAAUACCGACGUAAA